GCCGCCGCUCCUCCUUCCCUCCUCGCCGCACCGGCGAGGCUGCGGGGCCGGCGGGGAAGGCGGCGCUGCCUGCGGGGAGGAAGCCGGAUGAAGCCCCUCGGGCAUGCAGCGAGCCGCGGGGACCCUGCCCUGGAGCCCAGCGGCGGCAUCAGGAAGACAGCUGCCUUCAGAUGAUACAGAAUUCACUGACAGUUGCUCUUGCUCCAAUCCUGCUUCAUGAGAACUUCAGAAGAUAACUAACUGAGCAGAUGGUACGUGAACAAUACACUACAACAACACCAGGCACUAGCCUAGAGAGGCCAAAGAAUGAAUACGUCUACAAAAUUGGAAUUUAUGGCUGGAGAAAGCGUUGCCUCUACCUGUUUGUUCUUCUGCUGCUAAUCAUCCUAGUUGUGAAUUUUUCUUUGACAAUUUGGAUUCUUAAAGUGAUGUGGUUUUCUCCAACUGGAAUGGGACAUCUACGUGUUACAAAAGAAGGCCUUCGUCUGGAAGGGGAAUCAGAAUUCUUAUUCCCUCUUUAUGCCAAAGAAAUACAUUCUAGAGUGGACUCAUCACUGCUUCUCCAGUCUACUCACAAUGUGACUGUGAAUGCUCGAAAUUCAAAUGGAGAAGUCACAGGCAGAUUAAACGUGGGUCCUAAAAUGGUAGAAUUCCAUGGUCAGCAAUUUCAGAUCAACUCAAAGGAUGGCAAGCCACUUUUUACAGUGGAUGAAAAUGAGGUUGUAAUUGGCACAGAUAAACUUCGAGUCACAGGUCCUGAAGGAGCACUUUUUGAACACUCUGUAGAAACACCGCUUGUGAAGGCAGAGGCUUUUAAACAGCUUAGGCUGGAGUCACCAACGCGAUCUUUGAGCAUGGAUGCACCAAGAGGCAUUAAUAUCAAAGCACAAGCAGGGAAUAUUGAAGCUCUUUCCCAGAUGGAUAUCAAACUACACAGCAGUGAUGGUGUGCUUUUGCUCGAUGCAGAAACGGUGCGACUGCCUAAGCUGCCUGAGGGUACAAGAGGUGGAUCUGGCAUUUCCCAGGGGCUGUAUGAAAUCUGUGUUUGCCCAGAUGGCAAACUUUAUUUGUCAGUGGCCGGCGUGGGCUCCACGUGCCAAGAAUACAGCCGUGUCUGCCAAUGAAGCACCAGAAAAGGCAGCACGCCCUUGCUAUUCUCAGUUUUGUAGUAUUGCUAACGAGCAUUUACUGAAAGUGGAAUUUUCAGAAACAAAGUACUUCUGUUUAAGAAACAAAUCUGUAUCUACAACUCUGGGCUACAGGGUGAAAGGGGAAGAAGAGCACAAAUGACAUUUCAACUUCAGAAUGACUUGAGCCAGAUGAUACCUUCUGGCAGUCACACUUUGAAAACAGCCUGACGGAGAGUGUAAGGAAAAAUAAAAGGAGUAUGUUUUCUUGCUGAAUUAUUAUUCCAUCAGAUUAUUAUGUCAUUAAUAAUAUUUCUGAGCUCCGUGUUUUUUUUCUCUCACUACAUGUAAAUACUUACUGCAUUAGUGGGUGAAAUUAAAUUGAGGGAACUACUUGAACUAUUUGGUAAGACACAGCAUUAUUUGGGGAGUUAAGAGAGUGCCAGCAAAUGGUCUAUGCAAUUUCGUUCUUGCAAUAACAUAAAAUAGGAAAGAUGUGCUAUUUGUAUAAAUCCUGUGUAAAAGGUGUUAAUUUGCUAAUAGCUUUCUAUUUUAAUUUGGCAACAUACAUGCUGAUUUGUGUAUUACUGAGAUUUACAUAAAAAUAACAAGAAAGUACAGGAGUUAUUUAUACCUUCUGCGUCUUCAAUGCUGUUCACUAAAGAGAAGAGAACUAUGUUUGGAUAUUUUAUAACAGCAAUAGUUUGUUGUACUGCCUGUAGCAUCACACUCAUUAAAACCCUUUUUUUAUUUUAGGACACACUAAUCCAACAAAGCAAUUUAUUCUGCCAGCUCUACCAGUAAUAACAAAAUAAUCCUUAAUGUGGCUCCAGAUUGUCUGCUACAAGGAACUGUUUGGGCGGUGGAGAA